ACCCCCAUGGUUGACAAAAUUUUAUCAAGAGGUCAGGAAUUUCCUCUCCGUACAAAUUAUGAAAUAGUGAAGAUACUUAAAAUCUACAAUGGUGCGAAUGAUCUUGAGUCAACAAUUAAAAGAGCCAACAAAGUUCGCUGGUUAGCUGCAGGAACACCUCCUAACCAGAUUCGACCUGUCAAGGGAUCGGUGCACAUCACUGUCAACAGAAAGUUUGUGGAAUACGUCGUAAACAAUCCUGUUGCAAAAGAUUUCUUAAACUGGACAAUGAGAGUUGCAGUGCCAGACGAGACUUUCUUUGCUUCUCUAAACCACAACCCUCAUUUACAAAUCCCCGGAAGUUACAAAGGCGAACCAGAAACAGAUCGAUUUGAUAAGCCCUUUCUUACGCGAUUUAAGAACUGGGGCACAGGGGUCUUCAACUGGCCAUGCCAUGGACGUCGUGUAAGGCAGAUUUGUAUCUUCGGAAUCGGUGAUCUUUCUCUGCUAGCACGAAGACCAGAAUUCUUUGCCAAUAAAUUUUACCUGUACUAUCAGACUUACGCCCUGCAGUGCAUGGAAGAGCUACAUUACAACAGAACAAGAGACGAGUACCAACAACAGCUGGAAUUUCAAAUAGAUUAUUAUGAAAAUUUGGAGUUUAUCAAACACGUAGUGUAAAAUUAAACUUGUAUGGA